GGGAUGUCAGUGUUAGAUUGAAACGAGUGGAGAGUAGACUUCUUAUUUUCAUAGCACUAUUUAGCUAUUAAGCUUUUAAAAUGGCAUAUCAUACUGGUAGUCCUUAUAGAGGAGCUCAACAACAAUACAAUAACGCAGCUCAGGGGCCGGAUCAAGGUUUCCUUUGGAAUAUAUUUCAGAGGGUGGACAAGGACAGGAGCGGCGUGAUAUCAGACACAGAGCUGCAGCAGGCCUUAUCGAACGGUACAUGGACCCCGUUCAACCCAGUGACAGUCCGGUCCAUCAUAUCCAUGUUCGACAGGGAGAACAAAGGGGGUGUGAACUUCAACGAGUUUGCUGGAGUGUGGAAGUACAUUACGGACUGGCAGAACAUCUUCCGCACCUACGACAGAGACAACUCGGGCUUCAUCGAUAAGAACGAGCUCAAGCAGGCAUUGACUGGAUUUGGGUACCGCCUCUCAGACCAAUUCUACAACACUCUCAUAGAGAAGUUUGACAGACAGAGGAAAGGACAAGUGGCCUUUGAUGACUUCAUCCAGUGUUGCAUUGUUCUACAGAGGUUGACCGAUGUGUUUAGAAGGUACGACACUGACCAAGAUGGCUGGAUCCAGGUCUCCUAUGAACAAUAUCUAUCCAUGGUUUUCAAUGUUGUAUAGCAGAGAACAGCACAACUGGACACAACAGUGCCAAAGCCAAUUCCUACCCACCUCCAGGUGUCUUUCUUGUUCAAGAUGACCAAAACACAGUCGGACUGGGACUCUGGGAUAGGAUAUAAAGACAUUACUGUCUGUCCUUGUUCAUAAUGUUUGUUUAAUGUCUUAAUAUUCUCAUAAUAAUGGUAAAGACCUGUAUAUCUGUGUUUAAACCUGCAUUGUACAUAUCAUUUAGGACAAACAAUCGCAUGCUUCUGGGGGACUUCUGACAAUGUUCAAAGCAUGCAGUCAUAAUCUCAGACUUAUUUUACUGAAGCCAUGUUUACAAAUACUGUGAAAGCAGGUUACGUUUGUGCACAAAGCCUGCUUUUGGAUUCACUGACAUGCCAGCUGACGCCAUAUUUCUAAAGACUUAUGUUGAAUCAGCAAAUCUAUAGGAAAAGUUAGAGCCUAUUAAUUUAGGUAGAGGAUGCGUACGCUUUUGUAUCGCUUGUUUUGUCUGUGCAUGGAGCCUUAAACUGUAUGAAUGCAAGAGGAACCUCUUUUAUUAAAAAAUAAACUUGG